CAGAAGAAGAAUUCCUCCAGUUCAGUAGGAUGCAGCAGAGAGCAGGUUUAUCAGACUGAAGAAGAAAAACAUCAGGUUGAGAGCACUUGCUGCUGUCAUUCAGUGUCUUUGCUGCAUUUAGGGACGUUUUUCCUUCAGGAUCCCGUGGAAAGGACUGAAUUUGAUUCUUUUAUUUGGUUGUUUAAAACCGCGUUCACGCAAAACCUGCACUAAAAGACAUGUUCUACAGGAUAUUCCAGCAGUAAAUAAAAUGGAUGUACGGCGAGCAUCUGAUUAGUUUAAAAAGUACAAAGUAACCCCAUCAAGAGAAAACGCUACCGCUUCACCUGCUUCAACAGAAGAUCGUUUUGUAAAUCUGACAACGGUUUCACACUUUCGCUGGAUUUACUUCAGAUUUACAGUGACCUGGACAGUUUUUAAGAAGCUCUCUUCAACAAACACAAGGCCGAUUUCUGUUGCUCAAACCUUGUGAGCCAUCAUGGCUAAAGUGCAGGUGCUAAACGUGGCUGUUCUGGAUAAUCCCAGUCCUUUUGGAAACCCGUUUCAAUUCGAAAUCACGUUUGAAUGUAUGGAGGACCUUCCUGAAGAUCUAGAGUGGAAGAUCAUCUAUGUGGGCUCAGCUGAGAGUGAGGAGUACGACCAGGUCCUGGACUCGGUUCUGGUCGGCCCAGUUCCUGCAGGCAGACAUAUGUUUGUCUUUCAGGCGGACGCUCCAAACACAGGGCUGAUCCCCGAGAGCGAUGCAGUUGGCGUGACUGUAGUGCUGAUCACAUGCACAUAUCGGGGACAGGAAUUCAUUCGCAUUGGUUACUAUGUAAACAAUGAGUACACAGACCCUGAGCUACGGGAAAACCCGCCUGUCAAACCCGACUACACACAGCUGCAAAGGAACAUCUUGGCGUCUAACCCCCGCGUGACCCGUUUCCACAUUAACUGGGAGGCAACUAUGGACAAGAUGGAGGAUUCGGAGAAUGUAGAUCCCGCCCCCAACGCCAUGCUCCCGCCCACCUCCAUGCCCGGCAAAGCCCCGCCUCUUGGACUCAUGCCUGACAACUCUAUGGACUGCUUAUAGAGCCUGAACACAACAACAACCUCACACAUAAAGUAAUAAAUGUGUUAUUUUGUAUUUAUACACCUACAUGUUCUUACGGUUGUGAUUGGACACACACACACACACACUCACACACACACUCAUCUCAAUCCUCUGGCACUUACUGCUCUGAUCACACACACCUGAAGCGCUCAGGCAGUGGUGGGACUUUGUCUUGCACUCCCUGUCCUGAACAGCAGGGGGCCAAACCUGCAGCACCAGCAGACAUGGACUGUUCUCUUCUGUUUUUCUGUGGUGCACAUCACUAUUGAGGUGAAUCCCAUAAAAACAUGUUCGGUUCGCAUUUUCUUAGAAAACAGAAGCUAUAUUUUGCAUAAAAAACAAAGUAUGUUUGUGUUUUGAGAUUGUUCACAAAUGUUUUCCCCCAAACUGUCAUUACUAUAAUCCAAAAAAACAAAGCUAAUUCUCAUUGCUGUAAUGCAAAGUGGUUUAUAAUAAUGAUAUAAUAAAAUUUAGUGUAAAUUAUUCAUACAUCAUGGUUGUGUUUAUUAAAUUACUGUUGAGAAUUACCGCUGAGAUUAAUAGGAAUUACCCCUCCAAAAAAAUGUUUUUCUUUUUUUUUUAAAUGUGACCUUGAUGUGUUCUUGUGAGAUUCAUCCUGUGAUACUUUAUGGUCAGAAAUCUUAGAAAGCUAUUUUUUGGGAAUAUUUUGUUCGGAUAUGAUCAGUAUUUGGAACUCGUCACAAUUCUAGCUCUGUUUCUGUUUUGUUGGGAUGUGAGAUUGUUUAGAAAAUUUUUGUUUUGUUUUAAUCUGAAUACAAGUUGGUUCUUUCGUUGCCUUUUUUUUCUUUCCAUGUGAUAUUUGUUAAUGAAAAGUCUUAGAUUUAAUAAAUAUGAACUUUUGUCUUUGUAAAACUGUCUUUGGUCUCUCUCCUCUUCUGGCUCUUUUGUACGGAUACACGCCCUAUGUGUGCCUUUUUAUGAUGUUGCUAAGCAACAGCUAUUAGAGAUGGCACUUUGGGCUGCUCCACCUUUGAUCCACACAUCACAUCAGACAACUACUCUUCCUUUCAUCCCUCCAUCGCUCCCUCUGCUCUCAUCCCAUAGUUUCAUUUGGCCUCCCUCUAUUCUCUGUCUUCUGAUCUGGGCCUGUGGAAAUAUGCACACCGUGGGUCAGAGGGGCGACGGACACACCGAACCAAACCAAACACACUGGCAUCUCAAACUGCUGUGGAAGAAGAAUCACUUGAUGGAUGU